AUUAAUAAAGGUGUCAGUUGGUCAUCUAAUUAGUUGCCGUUAGUUCUGUUUCUGUAGUUUGAUUAAUAAACAGAUUUUGGCAUCUUAAAUUGCUUUUUCCAAAAUAAUGUUAUAGAUAUUCAUUUUUUAAACUGCAUUACAACUAAAAUAUGUUUUGUGUACCUUCUCUAGUCCAUGGGAGAGGGAAAUUGAUUUAGUUUAGUUCGAAAUUCAUUUCAAGACAAAAUAAGAGCACAACUGUCUAAACCCAUCUGGCGUUUAUCCCUUUUGUCACAGCGACAUCUAGUGAGCAGAAAAUGUACUGAUUGCAGUGGAAACGUUGCACCAAGUAACCUUUUUUGCAACACAUUUCUCAAGAAAUGUCACAGACGUUUCCCUCUGGCUCCAAAGUAUUUCUCAGUACGAGACCUGUGGUGAUGGAGCUUUUGAGGCUCUGCCUGCGUUUCUGCCCUGUAAAGCACUUUGUGAUCUUAAUUGUAGUUUAAUUGCUUUUACUUACUUACUAAAUCACUUAAAACCUCUAACUGACAAAUUCAUUUACUUUAUAUAUACAGAAAAACUUUGGCCGACUUGAGUGCUCGUGUUGUUGAAGCACCAACAGUCGGUUUCCUCUCCCUCUCACCGUUUGAGCAAUACCAUUCUUUGAUGCAUCCUGCUGUGGUUAGAGGCGUUGAUCCUCUUUUUGGGGUUCUUUAUAAGCAGGCAACGCUCCGAGGCAUUGAGGAACAAGAGCAGCGCAGGAAAGCAAUACCUAUCAGAGCUUUUAUAAUACACACAUGUUGUGUAUCUAGACUAUCCUCACCUGCCGCUACCGCCAAACUAACUCACAAUGCCCUCGAUCGGUCUUUCCCUCUUUAUCCUGGGUUUGGUUGUGGCUUGUGUCUCAACAGAGGAUGGAUCAAAUGAUACAACUUUAACCAUCACAACUUCAAAUGGCUCCACCACCACCACCACCACCACCCCCCCUCAGACAGCUCUCAACACCUCCACCAGCGAGCCCAGCGGCACUGCCGCUGGUUCCUCAGACAACACCACGGGCAACAGCACCAUCUUGCCCUCAACACCAACGCAGAGCGAUGGGGGGGUUGGCAAAAACACCACAGGUGCACCCCUAGUCCCCACAUCCACCGCACCACCCACAACUCGACCGAUGGGCAAAAGCUCCACAACCACCGCCAAAGCAAUCGAAGAGGACACAACCGACCCUACUAACCAAACGAAGGCGGCAUCAAUCGACAUCAUCGGCAUCAUCGUCCUCUUUGUGAUCGUCCUCAUAGUCCUUGGAUUUGUAGUUGUCUGCUGCAUGCGGAGGAAUAAAAGAAGGCGUUACUCUGUGGACUUCAACUCCAGACCGGAUGAUGCCCACAUCCCUCUCAGCACCGUGGAGCCUGACUUAGCCAUCGAUGCUGCGCCUCAGAACGGACUGCAAACCUUUGAAAGUGCAGAAGCCAAGAAGGAGCCGCAAGAACCAGAGGCCACACCUGCAGUUAAGGAGGAGCAGAAAGAACCAGAGGCCAAACCUGAAGUUAAGGAGGAGCAGAAAGGUGAGGCCGUGGAAUCUCACGUGGCUCCCAGCGCUGAGCCUGCGGCGGCUCCGGCGGCGACCCCGGAGGGCCCCGAGGACGCCGUUAAGCAGAGUCCCCCCGCACCUGUGGAGCCGAGUGUGGAGGAGAAAACGGAUGAAGAAGGCGACGCCUCCAACCGGACCUCGGUGGAGUCGCUGAAAGAGACGAAUGAGAACAACAGCAACAAUGCUGACUUCAAUCCGACUGGAGAUAUGAGGAGCAUCAACUUCUGGGACGUGCCUCUCAAUUCUCCGGUGUGAGACAUUUCACCUAUCUGUGCCCUUCUUCAGGAACUUGAUUGAAGGAGUGACCCGAUGGAGAAGGACACAAGGUCUGUUCGUACCGUGUGAGAUAUUUAGCGGGCUGUUUUCUACUGGUUAGAAACAAAUUCUUUGCAGUUUUAAGCAUUUUAGUGAUUUAACUGAAUUAGUGUGUUUUAGUGCUAAAGUACUUAAACACACUAAUUCAGUACUAAAUACUAAACAUUUUUUACUGAAUGUUAUUAUGUUUGGUACUGCAGAACAUGUUGUAUUUCAUCCCCCCUCCCAUUUAGCAUUCAUAAACAGUAUAUAAACAUAUGAUACAUGGUGUCUAACACACUGAGAUGUAGUUUUAAGCAGAUAUAAUUGACUCUUUUUGCGGAAAUAUAUUAAUAGUGUAAAAUGCUUUACAUUAAUCAACCUUAACUAAUGUUCUUUUUUCGACAACGUUAUUUUUGGAACACAUUUGUAAAUAAGGGUGUAUAAAUAAGCAAAACAACAUAAGAUCAGAUGUUAGAUUUAAAUUAGUGCUCUUUCUUCAAUUUAGGAUGUAAUGGUAUUUUGUAAAUGUAAAAUUCAUGUGUUUCCCAUUCAGUUGUAUGAAGUUUUUGUUAAAAAUUGCAAUGAAUGACCUAAAUGUAUGAAAGAAAAGUAUUGUAAUUUUGUUUUUUUCACAUUUCUGAUUUUAAUCAAUAACGUGUAUACUAUCAAUAUCAUUAACAUGUUUGGCCUCUAAAAAGAAUGAUAAUAUUCCACCAUACUGUGACUUUCACCAACUGUUCUUUUAGAUAUAGAAAUAGUAUCUGGUAGUUAAAGUGUACAGUCAUUAUUGGUGCUGAAUAAAUCUUUAACAGAU